AUGGCGCAACCAACGUCCUCAUCGAACCUGAGCCAAGCCGAGCAGCCCACCACCGCCUCCUCAUACCUCGACCUCGGCAUCACCCUCACAAUCAACAACUGGCCGGCGCUGACCAUGGCCGUACAAUCGAACUGGGGCGGCCCAACAUCAGCCGACAAGCGCGACUGGCUCUGCGGCGCGAUAUCAGACAUGAUCAAUGAGCGUCCCGAGACAGACGCUCUGGAUCUGGAAGACGUUCUGAUCCAGGUGAUGAACGAUGAGUUUGAUGUUGUGGUAGAUGAUGACAGCGCGGCGCCUGUUGCGGCGCAGAUCAUGGCGAUCCGGGAGCAGACGGCGAGGGGGGAGUUCGGCUUUGUGCAGGAGCUGUGGGAGGCGUGGCAGAGGAAGGCUCAGCAAAAGGGGAAUAAUGUGGCGGCGGCGUUUAAGCAAGUGAAGGCGGUGGAUGAUGAGGAUACCGAUGAGGAUACCGAUGAGGAGGAUGAGGUUGAGGAGGACGAGGACGUCGAUAUGGACGAGGCUCCUGCUCUCGUACGAGCGCCUAGGGAGAGGGUCGAGCCUGAAGUUGAUGAGGACGGGUUUACUAAGGUUGUUGGGAAGAAGAGGAGAUAA